CCAAGUGCCAGCCCAGAGAUGCGCGACAGACCCAGCAGCCACGGAGCACGGAGCGAGGGAAAAUGUUAACUGGAGUAUAUCAUUAAUUCACUAUUUUUCUUUUUUUUUGGUUCCAUGCUGCCCGUAUGGAAAACGGUAUUUGUGUCCAGACGCAAGGAGAAGCUCAAUUAAGAUUAUUAAACACAGAUUGCACCAAACCGGUUCAAGUUUCAUCCGUGCGGAGUCAAAUCACUCCCCUGGCCAGUGUGGACUAAUGAUGGCUUUAAUGGUCCACCUGAAGACGGUCGCUCACCUUCGGGGAAAAGGUGACAGGAUCGCCAAAGUUACAUUCAGAGGUCUUUCCUUCUACAGCCGUGUGGCAGAGAACUGUGAGGAAGUGGCCCACUUUAAUGAGGUAUUUCGAUGGCCUAUUGCCAGCAAACUGGAUGGAAACGAGAUGCUGGAGAUCCAAGUGUACAAUUACAGCAAGGUUUUCUCAAACAGACUGGUGGGGACUUUCUGUAUGGUGCUUCAGAAGGUGGCUGAAGAGGGACACCUAGAGCUGACCGACACACUCAUCGACGAUAACAACACUUCAAUAAAGACCAGUGUUACAAUAGAUAUUAGAUACCAGUCGAUGGAUGGCACAGUGGGAGUGUGGAGCGACGGGGAGUUCCUGGAUGUUCCUGAUGACCGUGACGGGAUGUUUGCCUUCGAAACAGACAGCCUGCUGUCAGGACAAAGCCACGGGUCGGGCACGUCUCCUGGACGGUCCUUACAGGGAUCCAUACCCACCUUCAGGAAAGCAGGGAAGGGAGUUUUCUCAGCCAUGAAGCUCGGCAAGAUCAAGAGCUCUAAGGACGAUCACAAGAGAGGAGAUGAGCCAGCAGUCCUGGACAUGGAGGACCUGGACAGGAAGGCCAUGCGUCUUGCUGGAGCACUGGACCCAGACACAAUCUCUCUUGCCUCUGUCACCGCCGUCACCACCAACGUCUCCAAUAAAAGGUCAAAGCCAGAUAUCAAGAUGGAGCCAAGCUCUGGACGCCCAGUGGAUUAUCAGAUCAACAUCACAGUGAUUGAGGCCCGGCAGCUGAUAGGCCUCAACAUGGACCCUGUUGUGUGUGUGGAGAUUGGAGACGACAAGAAGUACACAUCCAUGAAGGAGUCCACCAACUGCCCGUACUACAAUGAGUAUUUUGUCUUUGACUUCCACGUCCCUCCUGAAGUCAUGUUUGACAAGAUUAUCAAGCUCUCCGUUAUUCACUCUAAAAAUCUUCUUCGAAGUGGGACAUUGGUGGGAACCUUCAAGAUGGAUGUGGGGACUGUUUACUCUCAGCCUGAACAUCAAUUUUACCACAAGUGGGCCAUCCUAUCUGAUCCUGAAGACAUAACAGCAGGGUGUAAAGGAUAUGUGAAGUGUGACAUUGCUGUGGUCGGGAAGGGUGACAACAUCAAGACCCCACACAAGGCCAACGAGACCGAUGAAGAUGACAUAGAGGGAAACCUCCUGCUCCCUGAGGGCAUCCCUGUAGAGAGGCAGUGGGCGAGGUUUUAUGUGAAGAUCUACCGUGCUGAGGGACUUCCUAAAAUGAACACAAGUAUUAUGGCUAAUGUCAAGAAGGCCUUCAUAGGAGAGAACCGAGACCUGGUGGACCCCUAUGUUCAAGUGCAAUUUGCUGGGCAGAAAGGGAAGACUUCAGUCCAGAAGAGCAGUUAUGAACCGAUCUGGAAUGAGCAGAUCGUGUUCACUGAGCUCUUCCCUCCACUCUGCAAACGCAUGAAGGUCCAGAUACGAGACUCGGAUAAGGUCAACGACGUUGCCAUAGGAACCCACUUUGUUGACCUACGCAAGAUAUCAAAUGAAGGUGACAAAGGGUUCCUGCCCACCUUGGGUCCAGCUUGGGCCAACAUGUACGGUUCCACCCGUCAGUACACCCUGAUGGACGAGCACCAAGACCUGAAUGAUGGUCUUGGAGAAGGCGUGUCCUUCAGAGCCCGUCUCCUGCUUUCCAUCGCUGUGGAGAUCCUGGACACCACUUCCCCUGAACUCAUGAGCUCCACUGAGGUGCAGGUGGAGGGCGUCUCCAACAUUUCAGAGAGCGCCACUGGGAAAAUAGACGAGUUCUUCCUCUUUGGUUCCUUCCUGGAGGCCACCAUGAUUGACAGGAAGAUCGGUGACAAAGCGAUAAGUUUUGAAAUCACAAUAGGUAACUAUGGAAACCAGAUAGAUGGUGUAAGCAAGUCUUUGACGGCAAAGAAGAAGAAGAAAGAUGGGGAGAAUGAAGAAGAGGAGAGCGAUCUUAUACAGAACUCCAGUGAGGACGAGGCGGACGAGGACGGGGACCUGGUCUCUGUCUCCUCCACUCCUCCAAUGAAGCCCGUCAUCACUGACAGGAAUUACUUCCAUCUUCCCUACUUUGAAAAGAAGCCAUGUGUCUACAUCAAAAGCUGGUGGCAGGACCAGAGAAGACGACUUUACAACUCCAACAUGAUGGACAAGAUCGCUGACAAGCUGGAAGAGGGUUUGAAUGAUGUUCAGGAGAUCAUUAAGACGGAAAAGGCUUUUCCAGAACGCAGACUCAGGGGAGUGCUGGAGGAGCUCAGCGUCGGUUGCAGUCGGUUUGUGACUCUGGCUAACAAGGAUGUGAACCAGGCCGGCCGAACUAAAUUGGAUCGAGAGCGGCUCAAGUCCUGCAUGAGAGAGAUGGACAGCAUGGGCCAGCAGGCCAAGCAGAUCCGAACUCAGGUGAAGAAAAACACAAUCAGAGACAAACUUAAGCUGGUGCAGAACUUCCUGCAGAGGCUCCGUUUCCUUGCAGACGAGCCUCAGCACAGCAUCCCAGAUGUUUUUAUCUGGAUGAUGAGCAACAACAAGCGCAUUGCCUACGCCCGGAUUCCUUCCAAAGACAUUCUCUACUCCAUAGUGGAUGAGGAAACAGGAAAAGACUGCGGCAAAGUCAAAGCUGUCUUCCUCAAGCUGCCUGGUAAAAAGGGAUUUGGCCCUGCAGGCUGGACAGUACAGGCUAAGCUGGAGUUGUAUCUGUGGCUCGGCCUCAACAAACAAAGGAAGGACUUUCUAAGCGGUCUGCCUAACGGUUUUGAUGAGAUCAAAUCCACUAAAACGGGCCCCUGUCUUCACUCUGUCCCCCCUGUCAGCCUCGUCUACAACAUGAAGCAGGUGUUUCAGCUGAGAGCACACAUGUACCAGGCCCGCAGUCUGUUUGCUGCAGACAGCAGUGGCCUUUCGGAUCCUUUUGCUCGGGUCUUCUUCUCCACACACAGCCAGGUUACUGAGGUCCUGAGUGAGACUCUUUGUCCAACCUGGGACCAGCUGCUGGUGUUUGAUGAUGUGGAGCUGUUCGGUGAAGCCAGCGAGCUGAGAGACGACCCUCCAAUCAUUGUCGUUGAAAUCUUUGACCAGGACACUGUGGGCAAGGCAGAAUUCAUAGGUCGGGCAUUUGCGAAGCCCACCAUCAAGAUGUGUGACGAGCACUACGGCCCCCCGAGGUUCCCACCCCAGCUGGAGUACUACCAGAUUUACAGAGGGAACAGCACUGCCGGGGAACUGCUGGCUGCCUUUGAGCUGCUGCAGAUACCUUUUGAUGUGGAGGCGAUAAGGCGAGCUCUGAUCGCUGUCCAUAACUUUGCUGUUCCUCAAAUAAAGGUUGGUCAAGGAGGGAUAGCCGAUCUUCCUUCCCUUGAAGGGCCGACAGACACGGAGCGUGGACCCAUUUUGCCUGUGCCAUUGGGCAUCCGACCCGUCCUGAGUCGCUACCGUAUUGAGGUUUUGUUCUGGGGUUUAAGGGACCUGAAGAGGAUUAACCUGGCUCAAGUGGAUCGGCCCCGUGUGGACAUAGAGUGUGCAGGUAGAGGUGUGCAGUCUGUCCUCAUCCAGAACUACAAGAAAAACCCCAACUUCAGCAUCCUAGUUAAAUGGUUUGAGGUGGACCUUCCAGAGAAUGAACUCCUCCACCCCCCUCUUAACAUCCGGGUGGUGGACUGCCGGGCAUUUGGUCGUUACAUCUUGGUUGGGUCCCAUGCUGUCACCAGCCUGAGACGUUUCAUUUACAGCACCCCAGACAAGACCUCCAACAACUGGGCCACUGCAGCUAAGCUAAUGAAUGGCUACAUGGUCCUUGCCAAUGGCGGCUUCCAGCCUCGCUCCUCACCCAGCCUUUCCUCUCGCACCCUCUCUCGCCCCGCAGGUGACAUCAUCGUCAACAUGGACGCAGAGCCUUCGGUCCGAAAGAUGGACACGGUUGUCAAGUUAGAUGCUAUGUCUGAUGCUGUUGUAAAAGUUGACAUGACUGAAGAGGAGAGUGACAAAGAGAAAAAGAGGAAGAAGAAGAAAAAGAAGGGAGGAGUGGAGGAAGAGGACGAGACCAAUGAGAGAGUGCUGGACUGGUGGUCCAAAUAUUUUGCUUCAAUAGAGACAUUGAAGGAGACGCUCAGAGCCCAGGACGCGGCUCAGGCAGAGGCGGAGGAGAGAGAGGACCUGGAGAUAGCUGCAGAGGCAGCAGAUAUAAAACCUGAUGACCUUCUUCUGAAAGGCUCCAAGACGAAGGAAAAGAGCAAAGAGAAGAAGAGCUCCAAGGACAAGAAGAAAGGUCACGCUGCAGACGGCUCUGAGAAACGAACGGUUAAAGCAAGAGUGGACGAGCUAAUGGUGUACAACAAGGAGCUGGAUAGUGAGUUUGGCAACUUUGAAGACUGGCUCCACACUUUCAACUUGUAUAGAGGAAAGGCUGGGGAUGACGAUGAACGCACUCUGGAUGAUGACAGGAUUGUUGGCAGAUUCAAGGGAUCCUUAUGUAUGUACAAGCUACCUCUGUCGGAGGAGAUCACAAGGGAGACAGGAUUUGAUCCUAGUAUGGGCAUGUUCCAGAGCAUCCCGCAUAAUGAUCCAAUCAACGUCCUUGUCCGUGUCUAUGUAGUCAGGGCUACAGAUCUUCAUCCUGCUGAUAUCAAUGGGAAGGCUGAUCCAUACAUCGUUAUCAAGCUGGGCAAGUCAGAGAUCAAGGAUAAAGAGAACUACAUCUCCAAACAGCUCAAUCCUGUAUUUGGCAAAUCAUUUGACAUUGAGGCCAGAUUCCCCAUGGAGUCCAUGCUAACGGUGUCUGUGUAUGACUGGGACCUGGUCGGCACUGACGACCUGAUCGGAGAGACAAAGAUUGACUUGGAGAAUCGUUUCUACAGCAAAUACAGAGCCACUUGCGGCAUCUCUUCCAACUAUUCUGUCCAUGGAUACAAUGUUUGGCGGGACCCUAUGAAGCCCAGUCAGAUCUUGGCCAAGCUCUGUAAGGACGCCAAGAUUGAUGGACCUCAUUACGGGCCAGGAGGAAAAGUCAAGGUGGCCAAUCGGAUUUUUCAAGGACCUACAGAGAUUGAGGAUGAAAAUGGUCUGAAGAAGCAGACUGAGGAGCAUUUGGCUCUGACGGUGCUGAACCACUGGGAGGAGAUCCCAAGGGUGGGCUGGAAGCUCGUCCCUGAACAUGUGGAGACCCGGGCCCUGCUAAACCCCGACAAACCCGGCAUUGAACAGGGUCGUAUUGAGAUGUGGGUGGAUAUGUUUCCAAUGGACAUGCCUGCUCCUGGACCUGCGAUAGACAUAUCACCACGUAAACCAAAGAGAUAUGAGCUCAGGGUGAUUAUUUGGAAUACAGACGAAGUAAUACUGGAGGACGAUGAUUACUUCACUGGGGAAAAGUCCAGUGACAUAUUUGUCAGGGGAUGGCUGAAAGGACAGCAGGAGGACAAGCAGGACACCGAUGUGCACUAUCACUCCCUGACUGGUGAGGGAAACUUUAACUGGCGCUUUGUCUUCCCCUUCGAUUACCUCAUGGCUGAGGAGAAGAUCGUCAUCUCUAAGAAAGAGUCCAUGUUCUCCUGGGAUGAGACUGAAUAUAAAAUCCCGCCUCGCCUCACGCUGCAGGUCUGGGAUGCCGACCACUUCUCUGCUGAUGACUUCCUGGGUGCUAUUGAGUUGGAUCUAAACCGGUUCCCUCGUGGUGCCAAGACAGCCAAGCAGUGUUCCCUUGACAUGAUCCGAAAUGAGCAGGAGCUGCCCACCAUUUCUAUCUUCAAACAAAAGAGAGUCAAGGGCUGGUGGCCGUUUGUAGCACGCGAUGAGAACGAUGAGAUGGAGCUCACGGGUAAGGUAGAAGCUGAGCUUCAUCUGGUGACAGCAGAGGAGGCGGAGAAAAGUCCUGUAGGACUGGGACGAAAUGAGCCUGAUCCACUGGAAAAACCAAACCGCCCGGACACCAGUCUUAUGUGGUUUCUGGGCCCUCUGAAGUCCAUUCGUUACUUCAUCUGGCACAACUACCGCUGGCUGAUCCUCAAGGUGCUGGGAGUGAUACUGCUGCUGCUCAUGCUGGGCCUCUUCCUCUACUCAAUCCCCGGCUACCUGGUCAAGAAGAUGCUGGGGGUCUGACGCGCUGUCGCCCAGACACCACCUUCCUUUGGUUCCUGAGCCCGCUGAAAGCCAUUCGUUACCUGGUGUGCAACCGCUACAAGUGGCUGAUCAUCAAGAUAGUGCUGGCCGCGCUGCUGCUCGUCAUGCUGGGCCUCUUCCUCUACAGCAUGCCGGGCUACCUUGUCAAGAAGCUGCUGGGGGCCUAAGAAGCUGCUGGGAGGACAGGGAGGGGGGUGGCCAGCCCGAUACUUGGACAGAUGGAUGGAUGGAUGGAUGGGUGAAUGGGAGAGACAUAGAGGGUGAUGCCAGAUGCUGGCUUGUGGGUGCAAACCGGAACCAGUAUGUGAAGUCUCGCCCGCAGGAAGGGAGGAGAAGGCACUUUGGAAGUCCAAUUUCAUUAUUUUCUCCCCUCAAAUAAAUUGUGAUCGUCACAAACAGCUUGCCACCUUCCUCCUUCGCUCUGCAGAGAGAUCCAGAAACCACCUGAAAUUCCCCCUGCAGCAAGCCUAACAAAUCUAAUGCUCAGUAUGUGGAUUCCAUCCUUGAACUGACUAAAAAGCAAUCAUUUGCCACAAAGUGUAACGCUUAAUAUUGUUGUUAUUCUUUUCAAGCAAUGUCACAUGAUGAUUGUUUUGCUAUCUCUUAAUAAAACUUUCCAUUUAUUUAUUAAGUUAAAUCCAAAUCUCCCGUUACUGUUACAAUGUCUGCUGUUGAUUUAUGUUAACAGGGAACAAAUUAAAAAUAUGUUUGCUAAAACUUUGCUCUAACCCCCUUUUUAGCAUUCAUAAGUAUGAUAUACAUAUUUAACAAAAGGUUUGCUGUAUAAUGCACUAUUUAUAUAUAAAGUAAUUGUAAGCAGUAAUAAGGACAUUUUAAGUGUUUAUUAAUGCACAAAAAUGCACAGUAUUUGUCAACAAUUAUGUAAUACACCUACGUUUUUAAUAUUUUAUCAUUAAUUAUAUGUUUAUACACCAGCCCCCACAAAUGGGUACCCACAUGAGGAGUUAUAGUUGUUGACAAAUACAUUAAUACAUACAGAGAGGCUUUAAAGUACAUGUUUUCAACGUUUAUACUGCUUAUGAAUGCUGAGCAGGGGGGAUUAAAUCAAAGCGUUAUCUUUGUUUUUUAAACUAUCAUAGCUCUUGAAGUCUUUGCACACUUCAAGAGUUAUACUGAAGAAACAAAAAUGAAGAUGUCUAUUUUCCUAAUGAAAUACAAUGAGGCAGAACAAGAUGAAUUCAAAAUGAAUAAAUAAUUAAUAAACAUUCUACAGGAUUUAUUUAAACUGCAAUGUUAAAAUUGAUCAAAGCAACAAAGCCAGGCUUGGGUCAGACAAUAUUUGCAAAUAAUUAU